AUGGCCUCUCUUUUAUAUGCCAGAAGUGAGUUUGCUUUUUACUAUGCAACUCAAUCAUUAUUUUUUGGUGGUACAAUAUUGGGAGCUAUUGCAGCAUCAAUAUUAUUAAAGAUAUUGAGAAAAGUAAUUCAUUACUAUUUAUCAGCAAUUCUGUUAAUAAUAAGUGCAAUUCUAUUUAUUGCAUUCGAUUUAUUCAAUGUUGAUUUAAUUAAAGCUGCAGGAUUUUUAUCUGGCUUAUCCUUUGGCAUAGCACUUUUAACAGUGAUAAUACAUGGUGGUGAAAUAUCUGUAAAAUAUCUUCGUGGUGCUUUACUAAGUAAUAUACAGGUUUGCUUGGACACUUCUAUAUUCAUUGGAAUACUUAUUAUUUUUCUUAUUUCAACUAAUGAUCGAUAUACUAAUACUGCAAGAAUUAUUGGAAUUAUUCAACUUAUUUUCGGUAUAUUUGCAUUACCAGCUGCCUUCUUUUUUGUUUAUGAAUCACCAAUAUUUUUACUUGAAGCAAAUAAUGAACAAGAAGCUGUUAAAAAUUUAACAUUAUUAAGAAAAGAACCCAAUAGUAUGACAUAUGAAAUUCAUAAUGAACUCGAAAAUUUGAGAACAAUUAUAAAAAAUAAAUCAAUUUUCAAUCCAUCUGAAAUUAUACCUUUUGUCAAAAUAUCUAUUUACCGAAUAAUUUAUGCAUUAGGAACAUCAGUUCCAGUUAACAUUUUUAUGAUGCAUUAUUAUUUAAUUUAUACAGGAGGUUAUAGUUUGUAUUUCUUAUAUGUUGGAAGAUUUAUUGCUACUUUAAUACCAGUAUAUUUAAUUGAUGGUUUCUUUGGACGUAAAAUUGUAUUAUUAAUAUCAUUCAUUGGCAGUGGAAUAUUCUUAAUUGUUAUUCAUGCAUUAGUAGCAUCUGCUGGUAUUCUAGAUGUAGAUACUAUACAAAUGGCUGGAUUAAUUGCUAUUUUUUAUAAUAUUUGUUUAGGACUUGGUGGUAGUGCUGUUACACAUACAUAUAUGUCAGAAUUAUUCAAUCAUUCAUCUAAAGCAUAUAUAAAUGCUUUAAUUAUAACUUUGGAAUACAUUGUACAUUUUAUUGUUAUUAAUUUUGAUUAUCCAUUGAUUCCUGUAGGUACUGUACAACCUAUAUUACUUUGUACUGGUGUAUUUCAAGUUGUAGCUGGCGCUUUAGCAUAUGGACGAAAACUGAUAUUAUUAACAUCAUUAAUAGGUAGUGGAAUAUUUUUAAUGAUAAUUCAAAUUAUGGCAUCAUCAUAUAUGAAUAACAAUGAUUAUAUGAAAGAUUUACAUGCCUUAGAAAUAGCUGGUCUAUUAACAUUUAUAUAUUAUUUAUUUCUUGGAUUUGGUUCCAGUUCAGUAACAUUUUUUCUGCAAGCUACUCCAGAAAAAUCGCAUCCUCCAUGA